GUUCGACCGACAUACAAAACUGGACCGCGAUAUUCCCCCGAAUGUCCUCGGUAUCGCACAGGACGGUGCUUGGUCAUAUCAACUCUUGCUUCCGCAUAGCCAAAGUCGCGAUUUCUCAGCUUCAUGUCGAGAUUGCUCUGUGGUCGCCCUCAGCUACACUCUCUGAAAAGUGUAUACAUAUCCCCUUCCCAGUGUUGUGCACCUUUCGCGCAGACAACUCGAGCCUUACACCGGAAUCCAUUGACCAUCCCACGAAUCAUCAGGCCCGUCAGAACCAUGUCUUCCUCCACGGCCCCUACAAAUGAAUGGCUCGUCAUAAUUCCCGACCAUGCCAACGCUCUUGAAAAACGUCUGGCAGUCCGCCCGCAGCACCUCCACGGCCUCAAACCCAAGAUCGACGCCGGGAUCGUGGUCUUUGGCGGCGCAACACUUUCAAAACAGCCCGCUGAGGGAGAGGCUCCGGACAUGACGGGCAGUGCGAUGUUGAUCAAGGCAAAUACCGAGCAAGAAGUCAGGGACUUUCUGGAGAAUGAUCCGUACACCAAGGGAGGCGCGUGGGAUGUGAGCAAGGCGCAGAUAAGGCCCUUCAAGUGUGCGGUGCGGACGGCCAUGUGAACAACAAGCUAUGGGCGGAGGGUACAGCAAGGGAGUUGUUGAAUAGAUGGAAGAUCAGCAUGGUGCCUGCGCUGCGAGAACGAAAUCAGCAGAGAUGGUAGAGCUUUGCUCCAACUGCCCUCUGAAUAGGUCUAUACUUUGGUUCCAGCAAGCAUCGUAUGGGCAAACGAUAUAAGCACCAUGGAUUCACGCCCCCACACUCUGUCCCUACCAGUCGCAGCUUGAAUGAUCGGUGUUGUGCACAGGCAGCCGGGCCGCGUUGUGUGACUUGAGAGCGGCAUCUCCCACAGACCUGGUUGAUCUGUCACUUCGCAUGUUCCGGUCAAUCUGCAGAUGUCCCUUUUCCCGCAUUGCUCGUGAGCAAAUGGUGAUAUUCGUCCAGACAUUCGAAAGGUAUGACAUG